AUGGCGAGGGCGGAGUCCAACUGGGAGCGGCUGGUUCGCGCGGCGCUGCGCGGGGAGCGGCUCGUCGGUGCCUACGGGCAGCCGGUCACCGGCAUAGCCGGGAACGUGCCGUCGUCGCUCGGCAACAACGUGCACAUCGAGGAGGUGCUCCGCGCCGCCGACGAGAUCCAGGAUGAAGACCCCACCGUCGCCAGGAUCCUUUGUGAGCAUGCUUACACGCUAGCCCAGAGUUUGGAUCCCAACAGUGAAGGGAGAGGAGUAUUGCAGUUCAAAACCGGUUUAAUGUCAGUGAUCAGGCAAAAACUAGUGAAGAGGGAAGGUGUUGCUAUUGACCGAAGUCAGGAUAUUGCUAAAUUGCAAGAAUUUUACAAGCUUUAUAGAGAAAAGAAUAAAGUGGAUGAGUUGAUUGAAGAUGAAAUGAAGCUGAGGGAAUCAGCUGUGUUCAGCGGUAACCUUGGAGAGCUGGAACGGAAAACCAGGAAGCGCAAAAAAGUACUUGCGACUUUGAAGGUCUUAUGGUCAGUAAUAGAGGAUAUGACAAAGGAAAUAUCACCGGAGGAUGCAAAAAAUUUGAUAUCUGAAGAGAUGAAAAAGGUCAUGCAAAAGGACGCAGCAAGGACGGAGGAUUUUGUUCCAUAUAAUAUUAUUCCUCUAGAUUCCUUGACUUCUACCACUAAUGCAAUUGUGAAUUUUCCGGAGGUGAGGGCAGCAAUAUCAACUCUGCAGUACCAUAGGGAUCUGCCCAGGCUUCCUGGUACCUUUUCAGUCCCUGAUGCUAGGAAUUCGGAUAUCCUGGAUCUUUUACAAUGUGUAUUUGGUUUUCAGGAGGAUAAUGUGAAAAACCAAAGAGAGCAUAUCAUUCAUCUAUUGGCAAAUGAACAAUCUCGUGUGGGAAAACUAUCAGGGAACGAACCGAAAAUUGAUGAGGGUGCCGUGCAUGCUGUGUUUUCUAAAGCUCUUGAUAACUAUAUCAAAUGGUGCAACUAUCUGCCCCUUCGUCCUGUCUGGGAUAACACUGAUUCAUUGACAAAGGAAAAGAAGUUGCUAUAUGUGUGUUUGUACUACUUGAUGUGGGGAGAAGCUGCCAACGUGCGAUUUAUUCCAGAGGGCUUAUGCUACAUAUUUCAUCAUCUAGCAAGAGAAUUAGGGGAGAUUCUGCGAAAACAAACUGCAGAGCCAGCUGAAAGCUGUAGUUCUGGUGGUGUCGUGUCGUUUCUUGACAAAGUCAUUUAUCCUUUGUAUGAAAUCAUUGCAGCGGAAGCAGCCAAUAAUAAAAAUGGGCGUGCACCACAUUCUGAAUGGAGAAAUUAUGAUGAUUUCAAUGAGUUUUUCUGGUCUCAUAAGUGCUUUAACCUAGGAUGGCCUUGGAAGCUGAGCGACCCAUUUUUCUCGAAGCCCAGUAGGAAGGAUAAGGGCUUGCUAGGUAGGAAUCAUCACUACGGAAAGACAUCUUUUGUGGAACAUAGGACUUUUCUUCAUCUUUACCACAGCUUUCAUCGCCUUUGGAUGUUCCUUAUUAUGAUGUUUCAGGGACUAACUAUCAUUGCUUUCAAUGAUGGUAGUUUUGACAGGAAGACCAUAUUGCAACUUCUUAGUCUGGGUCCUACUUAUGUUGUAAUGAAAUUUAUUGAGAGUCUGUUGGAUAUUCUAAUGAUGUAUGGUGCCUAUUCAACGUCUCGUCGAUCUGCAAUCACCAGAGUGGCAUGGCGAUUCUGCUGGUUUACUGUAGCUUCAGUUGCGAUUUGCUACCUAUAUAUCAAGGCACUUCAAGAUGGCACAGAGUCAGCAAUAUUCAAGAUAUAUGUUUUUGUAAUCAGUGCAUAUGUGGGCGCUAAGAUAAUUAUCAGCCUACUUACGAGUGUCCCUUGUUGCCAUGGUUUGGCUGAGGCUUGCUAUCGCUGGUCUGCUGUACGCCUUGUUAAGUGGAUGCAUCAGGAGAAUAAUUAUGUUGGAAGAGACAUGCAUGAGAGUGCCCUUGACUUUAUCAAAUACGCCACUUUCUGGAUUGCAAUUCUUGGUGCAAAGUUUUCAUUCACCUAUUUUCUCCAGGAAAGCAUAAUAAAACCUCUUAUAAAACCAACAAGAACUAUAAUCAAUUUCAGAGGCCUGCAGUAUGCUUGGCAUGACUUUGUCUCAAAGAAUAAUCAUAAUGCUCUUACAAUCCUUUCUUUAUGGGCUCCAGUGCUGUCAAUUUACCUUUUGGACAUUCAUGUAUUCUACACUGUAUUGUCUGCUAUUUAUGGAUUUCUCCUUGGUGCACGCGAUCGCUUGGGAGAGAUUAGUAAUGUCGAGGCAGUACAUAGAUUCUUUGAGAAGUUUCCUAGAGAAUUCAUGCAUAGACUUCAUGUUGCUGUUCCAAAAAGGAAGCAACUGCUAUCUUCUGGUCAGGAAACAGAAUUAAACAAGUUUGAUGCAUCUAGAUUCUCCCCCUUCUGGAAUGAAAUCGUGAGGAAUUUACGGGAAGAGGAUUAUAUUAACAAUUUUGAAUUAGAAUUGCUUUUGAUGCCCAAAAAUGACGUUGAAGUGCUUCCGAUUGUGCAGUGGCCACUUUUCUUGCUUGCUAGCAAGGUUUUCUUGGCCAAAGAGAUUGCAGAGGACUGCAAAGAAGCCAAAGAUUCACAAGAAGAACUUUGGCUAAGGAUAUUGAAGGAUGAAUACAUGCAAUAUGCUGUUGUAGAGUGCUUCCAUAGCAUUUAUCAUAUUCUGACGUCUAUACUAGAGAAAGAAGGACGCCUCUGGGUGGAAAGGAUUUAUGGUGGUAUCCGAGACAGCAUUUCAAACAGGACCAUCCAAAGUGAUCUUCAUUUCAAAAAGUUGCCUAAUGUUAUUGCCAAGCUUGUUGCUGUAUUGGGAAUACUGCGAGGUACGACAGAGUCCAGUGAUCUGAAAAAAGGUUUGGUUAAUGCUAUUCAAGACCUAUAUGAUGUUGUUCAUCAUGAAGCGUUUUCUGUUAAUAUGAGUGGCCACAUUGAAGACUGGGAUCAAAUUAAUUUAGCAAGGGCUGAAGGUCGCCUCUUCAAUAAACUCAAGUGGCCAAAUGAUCCCAAAUUGAAGGACUUGAUCAAGCGAUUGUAUUCGCUUCUGACAAUUAAAGAAUCAGCAGCAACUGUCCCUAAAAAUUUAGAAGCCAGGCGGAGACUUCAGUUCUUUAUGAACUCUCUGUUCAUGAAAAUGCCUCUUGCACGGCCUGUUUCAGAAAUGGUCUCCUUUAGUGUGUUUACUCCAUAUUACUCUGAGAUUGUUCUCUACAGCAUGGCUGAACUGCAGAAGAAAAACGAAGAUGGUAUAACUACACUGUUUUAUCUCCAGAAGAUUUACCCAGAUGAAUGGAAGAACUUCCUUACUCGUAUCAACAGGGAUGAAAAUGCAGCAGACUCUGAGCUUUUUGGCAACCCAAAUGACAUACUUGAACUACGUCUAUGGGCUUCUUAUCGUGGGCAGACCUUAGCUCGAACUGUCCGUGGCAUGAUGUACUAUAGGAAAGCCCUUAUGCUGCAGAGUUAUUUGGAGAGGAUACAAUCUGAAGAUUUGGAAUCUACAUUAGGGUUGACUAGUUCAGCUGAUACACAUUUUGAGUUGUCACCUGAGGCGCGUGCACAGGCUGAUUUGAAGUUUACAUAUGUGGUUACCUGCCAAAUUUAUGGAAAACAGAAGGGGGAAGGGAAACCCGAAGCUGCAGACAUAGCCUUACUAAUGCAAAGGAAUGAAGCUCUUAGAGUUGCUUACAUUGACGAAGUCGAGAAUGCUAAGAAUGGAAAACCCAUCACUGAGUAUUACUCAAAGCUUGUGAAAGCUGAUAUUCAUGGAAAGGACAAGGAUAACUACUUCGAGGAGGCACUUAAAAUGAGAAACCUACUUGAGGAGUUCUCUCUGAAGCGUGGCAAGCAUUACCCUUCAAUUCUUGGUGUUAGAGAGCAUGUCUUCACGGGAAGUGUUUCCUCCCUGGCCUCAUUUAUGUCUAACCAAGAGACAAGUUUUGUGACAUUAGGACAACGUGUUCUGGCUAACCCACUGAAAGUGAGAAUGCACUAUGGUCAUCCCGAUGUUUUUGAUAGAAUUUUUCAUAUAACAAGGGGUGGAAUUAGUAAGGCCUCCCGCAGCAUCAAUAUCAGUGAGGAUAUAUAUGCAGGAUUCAACUCAACGCUAAGUCAAGGAUGCAUAACUCAUCAUGAGUAUAUUCAGGUUGGCAAAGGUAGGGAUGUUGGACUUAAUCAGAUUGCACUAUUUGAAGGAAAAGUUGCUGGUGGAAAUGGUGAACAAGUUCUUAGCCGAGACAUAUAUAGACUCGGACAACUUUUUGACUUUUUCAGGAUGUUAUCCUUCUAUGUGACAACUGUUGGAUUCUACUUCUGUACUAUGCUAACUGUGCUGACGGUGUACAUAUUUCUCUAUGGGAAAACGUAUCUGGCCUUAUCUGGUGUUGGAGAAUCAAUUCAAAAUAGAGCGGAUAUACUGUCGAACACAGCCUUGGAUGCUGCUCUGAACACUCAAUUUCUUUUCCAGAUUGGUGCAUUUACUGCAGUUCCCAUGAUUCUUGGUUUCAUCCUUGAAUCAGGUGUCUUAACGGCUUUUGUUCAAUUUAUUACAAUGCAGUUCCAACUAUGCUCUGUAUUUUUCACUUUCUCACUUGGAACAAGGACCCACUACUUUGGCCGUGCAAUAUUACAUGGAGGUGCAAAGUAUAGAGCAACUGGUAGAGGUUUUGUGGUACGACAUAUCAAAUUUGCUGAGAACUACCGUAUUUAUGCUCGAAGCCAUUUUGUGAAAGGGAUGGAGGUUGCACUUUUGUUGGUUAUCUUCCUAGCAUAUGGGUUUAACAAUGGUGGAGCAGUUGGCUAUAUUUUACUCUCUAUAAGCAGUUGGUUUAUGGCAUUGUCUUGGCUUUUUGCUCCCUACUUAUUUAACCCAUCUGGAUUUGAAUGGCAGAAGAUCGUCGAGGAUUUCAGAGACUGGACAAAUUGGCUGUUUUAUCGAGGUGGUAUUGGUGUUAAAGGAGAAGAAAGCUGGGAAGCUUGGUGGGAAGAAGAACUGCAACAUAUUUACAGCAUUCGAGGGAGGAUACUGGAAACCAUACUAAGCCUGAGGUUUUUCGUCUUCCAAUACGGAGUUGUUUACCACAUGAAUGCCAGCGGAGAAAGUACAGCUUUAUCGGUGUAUUGGAUUUCUUGGGCUGUGCUUGGUGGCCUUUUCAUCCUCCUCUUGGUCUUUGGUUUAAACCCCAAGGCCAUGGUACAUUUCCAAUUGUUCCUGCGUCUGGUCAAAAGUAUAGUGUUAUUGAUGGUUUUGGCUGGUCUGGUCCUGGCAAUUUUGUUUACGGAACUCAGUAUCGGAGAUGUUUUUGCUUCCAUUCUAGCAUUUGUGCCAACUGGGUGGGGAAUCAUUUCGAUUGCCAUGGCAUGGAAACCUAUCGUGAAGAAAUUGGGUUUGUGGAAAACUGUCCGUGCCCUAGCUCGCCUCUAUGAUGCUGGCACGGGGAUGAUCAUUUUCAUACCCAUAGCCAUUUGCUCGUGGUUUCCAUUCAUAUCCACUUUCCAGACGCGGCUUCUGUUCAACCAGGCGUUCAGCAGAGGUUUGGAGAUAUCUCUCAUCCUUGCUGGCAACAAUCCAAAUGCUGGGAUGUGA